GCCUUUAACUGGCCUUACACGACUGAAUUAGUCAGGGCUCAUGUCUUCCGGACGUCCCAUCAAAUGUGUCGUGGUGGGUGAUGGCACCGUGGGCAAGACGUGCAUGCUCAUCUCGUACACCACAGACUCGUUCCCGGGGGAAUAUGUGCCCACGGUAUUCGACAACUAUUCCGCACCCAUGGUGUGCGAUGGCGUGCCCGUGUCGUUGGGCCUGUGGGAUACGGCCGGCCAAGAGGACUACGACCGCCUACGACCGCUCUCCUACCCGCAAACCGACGUGUUCCUCAUCUGCUUCUCCGUGGUUAGUCCCAGUUCGUUCGAGAACGUCACUUCCAAAUGGUGCCCGGAGAUCAAACAUCACUGUGCCGAUGCACCCAUUCUGCUAGUCGGUACCAAAAUCGAUUUAAGAGAGGACAAGGAGACGCUGCAAGCCCUGUCAGAGGCCAAUCAAGCCCCCAUCAAGCGGGAACAAGGCCAGAAAUUGGCCAAUAAGAUACGCGCCGUUAAAUAUUUGGAAUGUUCGGCACUGACCCAAAGAGGUCUGAAACAGGUGUUUGAUGAAGCCGUCCGAGCUGUGUUGCGUCCUCAACCUGUACGGAGGCGUGGCCAACGGAAAUGCAGUUUACUUUAGAGCCAACGCCCAAAGCGCGCACAUCCAUACAUCCACACCACAUACAUAUAUGCUAAGGUAUAUUCUAAAACGAGUGACCACAUCAGCCGAGCGUAAUCACAGGCUUCACUUACUCUCCGGACUAUACCAUCGAUCUGCAAGGAAUCACAUCCAAUCCAACGUCAAGUCUUGUCACAAAACUAUCCGAUGGCAGCUACGGUCAAUUCGAAGAGACUCUCUCUCUCUAUCAUAUAUGGAGGGCUCUCAAAAAGAAAAGCAAUGGCCUGAUCACAAAAAGAACCCGAAACCAUCGUCUCAAACAGCAACGAAACUCUCCAUUGGUAAUCUUGAAGUGAAGACCCCCAGUUUUUCAACAUUUUCACUCGCUUUUAUACCGCUUCCUCGGACUUGGUGUUCGAGGAAAGGAUGACGAAUCAGAAGAAUUGAUGAUGUCCCUGGGGAGGAGGGGGUCAACCUCCUCCACCGAAGUUCAUCGACAUCGAAGUAUCUCUUAGCCCCCAAUGUCUGUGAAUCUCGAGGCCCGCAUCUGAUACAACACAUAUAUAUCUACUUGAAUAUAUACACAACUAUAUUUAACGUCAAAAGAAUAUGUUGAUACCUACUACUUCAAUAACUACCAACGAUUACUACUACUACUAAUGAUAAUAAUAAAAAUAUAUGACGA